GGGAUACCUUCUGGGUUGGGCAAUUUAAGCAACCUCAUCUCCUUGUACCUGUUUGAUAACCAGAUCACAGGGGCCAUUCCCCCAGCAAUCACUAGAAUGGAGAACCUACAGAUGCUGAAUCUUGCCUAUAAUAGGAUCGGUGGCUCCAUCCCGCAACAGCUUGAUGGAUUAAGGAGUUUAAGCGAGCUCCAUCUCGAUGGAAACAUGUUUUUGGGCUCCAUACCAGACUCUAUUGGAAACAUGACUCAACUGCAAUCCGUGGCACUCUCCAACAAUUUGCUGUCAUCCACCAUACCAUCAAGCAUAUGGCACCUCAGCGAUGUUCUGGUACUAGAUCUGUCCCAUAAUUCUCUGGACAGCUUCCUACCAACGGAUGUGGGAAGCCUACAUGCCAUCGUUGAAUUGAAUCUCUCUACUAACCGAUUCAUUGGUAAGCUCCCAGAAGCUUUGGGAAGCCUCCUGACGCUAGAAAAUCUGGAUAUAUCACACAAUUCAUUCCAAGGUCCAAUUCCACAGUCCCUUGGUCAGUUGAUUAGUAUUCAGUCAUUGAACCUGUCAUCCAAUUCUUUCUCCGGUGCCAUUCCCAAAUCCCUAGCCAACCUCACGUUGCUUCACAACUUGAACCUUUCUUUUAAUAGGUUAGAAGGACAGGUUCCAGAAGGUGGUGUCUUCUCCAAUCUCACAAUCCAAUCUUUGAUGGGAAAUGCUGCAUUGUGCGGGGCGACACUACUCGGAAUGUCAGCUUGCUUCCAUGAUGAUGGUGGUGUCUCUCAUUCAAGAUCGACAAGACGGCUACUGAUAUAUUCCCUCCCAGUUAUUGCAUCUACGAUGCUGUUGGCUGCUUGCUUCUACCUAUUGAUAACCAAGUUGAACAGAAGAAGGAAGAAAACUGCAGUUCCAGCUGACACAGUACACGUGCCUGACCAUAGAUUGAUUUCCUACCAUGAACUCAGUCGUGCUACCGACAAUUUCAGUGAGGCCAAUCUUCUAGGGACCGGGAGCUUCGGGUCAGUGUUCAAGGGACAACUAGAUGAUGGGUCACUUGUAGCCAUAAAAGUUCUGAAUUUGCAAACUGAAGGAGCCACCGAAAGUUUUCACACAGAAUGCCGAGCAUUGCGCAUGGCUCGGCACCGGAACCUUGUCAAGAUACUCAGCGCCACUUCUAAUCUGGACUUCAAGGCUUUGGUUCUCCAGUACAUGCCUAAUGGCAGCCUUGAGAGAUGGCUGUACUCCUACAAUUAUUGCUUGAGCCUCAUUGAAAGAAUAAACAUUAUGCUAGAUGUCGCGAUGGCACUGGAGUACCUCCACCACCACCACUUGGAGGUCGUGCUGCACUGCGAUCUAAAGCCAAGUAAUGUAUUGCUGGAUGAAGACAUGGUGGCUCACGUUUCUGACUUUGGCAUUGCCAAGCUGCUUCAUGGCAUUAGCAGGUCCAUAGCAUCUGCGACUGCACCUGGGACAAUUGGCUAUAUGGCUCCAGAGUAUGGAUUAAACGGAACAGCAUCAAGAAGGAGCGACGUUUACAGCUACGGAAUACUAUUGCUAGAAGCCUUUACAAGAAAGAAGCCCACCGAUGCCAUGUUUUGUGGGGAGUUGAGUUUAAGACAAUGGGUGAAUCAAGCAUUUCCUUCCGCAGUGUUGAAUGUUGUGGAUGGCAACCUUUUGAGAGAUGAAGCAGGUUGUAGCGCAAGCAAUGCCUUUUCCAAUGAAGGACUAAUGGAAGACCUAAGUAGAAGGCAUACGUGUGUUUCAUCUAUUUUGGAGUUGGGCUUACUAUGCUCCAAAGAAUUGCCCAAGGAGAGAAUAUUGAUGGAAGACGUUGUUGUGAGACUAAAGAAGAUCAAGGAGCAGUACUUGUCAAAUUCAUAUGGUGAUUGAAGCCAGUCAAGGAUCUGGCCGCACGUAGGCAUAUUGGUUCAACCUUGUUGCAACCUUCUUUUACUUGUCUAAGGAUGUCAGGGCAUCUUUUUAUUUCUGGAAUAAUGUAAUGGCUUCUUGUUUCUCUAAUUAUUUCAUCGAAUGAUCGAUGG